AUGCCUUUAAAAGAUGCUCUUCUCGGGUUUAAAAUCCAACGCGAGCUGAGGCUACUUCCACCUCAUAGCGUUAUCAUGCUUUACACGACAUAUAAAGGAGAAUGGUGCAACGGAGUACUAGGCAAGAGGUUUCGAGAGGCCCUGCCGGCGGCCUACGACUGCUUCCAGGAUAUUUGCACAGUGCAUAACGCACAAAUGAAUCCCGAUAACAUGGUAGACCGUCUUGCCGGAACAUGUCACCUUAUCCCUCCACAGCCUGGAGACGGCAGCAACAGUCGACUGCCGCCUCUCUACGUCGCCUGCAUAUUCGUCAGCCCUAAAGACGGGCCGCGAUGCGAAAUCACGAACAGUGGUCCACGAAACAAACCAGCCGAGUCCCUGAGACAAAUCGGAUUCGGUCUUGCCCAGAUGAAGGAUCUUCUGGACCAAGAGGCAGCAGCCGGCCGUACGAAUUGGUCAAGCUCGGGCCGGAAUAUGCUGGUCUACGCCGAGGGCCCUAAUAGCACUGACUUCGAUGUGCAAAGUGCACAGGUAAGCAGUAUGAUCCGUCACAGGUUUAUAGAUGGGCCUUGGGAGGGAACUUGGUGGAAAACUGGCCGGGUUCCUGGAUGGUGA